AGUUGGUGGGAUUGAUAGUUAUGUAUUUAGUGGUGACAGUUACUCGGAUCAAUUCUCCACGCAGCUACAAUGCGGUAUAAACAAAUUAAUGACUGAUAACGCAAUAAUUACGUAGUCAUGCAAUAUUAGCCUGACAUUUAUGAUUGCGAGUAAAGCUGGUCGGCUCAGGUUUUAUCAAUUAUCAGUAAGAGGCUUUGAAAAGACAACGGCAAAUGUGUAUCGCAUUUGGCUGUGUGUCGACACACUCCACGGUAGUCUUAUAUCUGGCUCUGACGUCAGUCGCGUUGAAAUCGUUCGAAUACGCGAGUCUUUCGCAAAGCAUCGCACAACCCAUCGAAUAAUCUGAAUUUAAAAUUGAUUUCGUUAGCUAGUGUAUCCUCUGAGUUAGUUUCAUUCGAAGCGCCGCGAGACCUGUGUUGACUCAUUUCCAAGGGCGACGUCGAAAUGAGUACGCUUCUACUGUUCAGCCGAUCAUUUUUUCUUGCCAGCAAUGGGAGAAGACAGCUUUCGAAUAUCGGUUUUAUCGGCUUGGGCAAUAUGGGUGGCCACAUGGCGAGAAACCUAAUAAAAAAGGGAUACAAACUAACGGUUUUUGAUGUCAACGGAGCAGCUGUAUCAAGCUUGGUUGAGGCUGGCGCCAACGGCGCAAAUUCUGCUGCCGAUGCCUCGGAAAAUGCGGAUGUGGUAAUAUCUAUGCUACCUUCAAAUCAGCACGUCUUGGAUUGUUACAUUGGUGAAAAAGGAGUCUUGAGUUCGGUCAAGAAGGAUGUUCUUCUGGUGGACAGCAGUACAAUCGACCCAUCAGUUUCCGAGCAAGUAUCAAUCGCAGCUAAGAAAAUCGGCGCGCGAUUUGUCGACGCUCCUGUAUCCGGAGGUGUUAACGCUGCGAGCGCCGCGACGUUGACGCUGAUGGUCGGUGGCUCAAAAACGGAUUUUGAAGAUGCUGAGCGAGUGCUUGCCGCAGUCGGAUCACGAGUGAUCCAUUGCGGCAAAGUGGGUGCUGGUCAGGCAACGAAACUUUGCAACAACAUGCUUCUGGGCAUAAGCAUGAUCGGGACGGCAGAGGCAUUUAUACUCGGAGAAAGACUGGGACUGGACCCGAAGAUCCUUGCCUCAGUUAUAAACACGAGUUCGGGGAGGUGCUGGUCUUCCGAAUUGUACAAUCCAGUUCCAGGCGUUCUUGACAACGCGCCUAGUACGAAUGGUUACAAGGGUGGAUUUGGCACGGCGUUAAUGACUAAGGACUUGGGACUUGCUCAGGCCGCUGCGUCACGGACCGAAACUCCGAGUCCGUUAGGGUCCAUCGCCUAUCAGAUUUACAGAACAGCCAUGGGCCAUGGACACAGCAAGCUGGACUUCAGCGUUGUGUAUCAAUUUUUGAAAGGCAAACAGUAGCUAGAAACUGAUGUGAUUUUUAUUAUCUGGAGGAUAUAUGGUGAACGAAGAUAUUACGCUACUAAUAGAAUCUCACGGUACUAUAUGUGUAUUUAAUCGUGCCCAAUUUAUAUACUUUUGAAUGUAUGAGUUUGAUCCUACCGAAAAAACGAACUCUUUUACUGGUCUAUAAAACACUUAGAAUUUUUACGUUGUGCAUUCACGUAUUCUGCACAA